GCCAGCACAACCGACACACAGAGACACCGCCGCCGCACCACAUUCUAUAUCGUGUCCGACGGCCAACUAGAUAAUAUCGGGCAUUAAUCGUUCACCUGUGCGACCCGCGCAACAGCUGUGUGGACGUCAACCGCGUGAUAAACAGAUAAACAAUAAUAAAACGCGAGACUUGUGACUUUUUAAAAGAAACUUUCAGUGCGUGACUUUGGUGAUUAGUGAAUUAGUGAAUUUAGCGAUAAACAGGACUCAAACGGCUUCAAAAUUGAUCUGGACCUACAUCGACAGGCCACAAGUGGCCAUUUUAUGAGGUCGCAGAUGUGCGAAGGGGGCUUCAGCGCCGCCGAGGGGUUGUCGCGGAUGGCAAGCCUCGGCGGAGCGGCUGGUGCGCUCGGCAUGCCGCAGUCGAUGGCGGGCGCGCCGCAGGCAAUGGUCAAGAAGCAGGAGGAUCACAUCAAGCGACCCAUGAAUGCCUUUAUGGUGUGGUCGCGCCUGCAGCGGCGGAAAAUCGCGCAGGAGAAUCCCAAGAUGCAUAAUUCGGAAAUAUCGAAACGACUGGGUGCUGAAUGGAAAUUAUUAACCGAAGAUGAAAAGCGACCCUUCAUCGACGAAGCAAAGCGAUUACGCGCAAUGCACAUGAAGGAACACCCCGAUUACAAAUAUCGGCCACGUCGCAAGCCAAAAACACUGCGAAAAGAAGGCUAUCCAUACUCAAUUCCGUACCCGUCGGUACCAAUGGACGCACUUCGCGCUGGAAUGGCAGCCAGCGGCAUGGGGCAAUCGAUGGCAUCGUACUACAAUCCAUCAGCGGCGUACGGCUCCCUCAGCGCGGCGUCGAUGGCGGCUGCGGCGGCGGCGGCUCAGCAAACGGCGGCGAUGUCAGCAUCAUUGGGAUCUUCAUCACAGGUGGUGAGUUCAAUGGAUGCGAUGAAAUACUCGAUGGAAGCAGACAAAUACCGCUCGCCGUACAUGCCGCCCUCCACCCUCGCGAUGUCAAUGUACUCGGACCCCAAAUACAUGGACUCACAAUCGAAGAGCUACUUGGAGCGCGGCUACCUUGACUCCACAUCCGCCCUGACCAAAGCCUACUUUGAAUCCUCCAAGAUGUACAUGGAUGGCAAAUACAACUGCGAUCAAACACGUCAGACUUACCCGGGUCUGGAUAUAGGCAAGGUGUAUUCGGAUAACAACAACCAACAGCAGAAUGCAAUGGCAUCGCCGCGUAGUUCCGAUUCUCCGAAUGAUGUGAAACCGUUGGAGCGACAAGAUGCGGCGAGUACGAGCAGUUCAACGACAACAUCAUCGGCGGGAGCAUCACCUGGAGGUCUGCCGGCCUACUAUCCUAAUCCAAAUGGCAUGCAGCAAAGUGGUGCGAUGCCACCUGGAUUGCUCCCAAUGGCUCAGUAUGCUGGGCAGUAUCCGGCGCAAACCCCCGGCACCGAGUUUCGAAGACCGCUGACUGUAAUAUUUUGACCUGAUCGGUUAUGAGGCGAGUAAGGAAGCCAGUGCGGGAAAUCAAAACGUAGGAUACGAAUUGAGCAGCCGGGCGAAGGAUAGUGGUUCAUCUUUGUGCGCGUUGCAAUAUAGGCCUUACAUUCGUAGUUAAACAUUUUGGCGAACAAGUAGGCAUCUCCUAAAGAUGAACGUGUACAUUUUGUAUAUAGAUAGAUUUAUUUUAUUUAGGUAUAGAUGGGCGUAUAAGUGAAGCAUACCGGUCUAAAGCAGUGACAUUUGUCAUUAUAUUGUAAAAAUUGAUUAAAUACUCAAAAACAGCAUGUGGUAUUAAAGUUUGCAUCAAUAUUAUUAAAAAUAUGGUUUAAUAUUUAUUUAUAGAGAAAGUUUUGGGCUAAAAAUCAAGAAUACGUGAAAACUGCUGAAAUUUUAAACGAUUUUGAAUUGAACAUAAAAAUUGGAUUCAAAGUUUUUCCAUUGAUAUUCAUUGAAUAAUGAGUUUAUACUAAUUAGAAAUUUUCUGGUAUUUUUUGCACAAUCAAAAACAGCGUCAAAAACAUAAUUAGAUUAUGUUUUCUUAAAUAUUUUGUUAAAAAUUUAAUUUUAAUGUUAAAUUUUAAUUUAUUUUGAAGCAGAAUUUAAUAUUGAAUUCAGUUAUUAAUAAAUUAUUAUAAAUAUUGAAAUAGUUUCUGAGUAAUUAAUUAAUAACUGAAAAUAAUUUUUCAAUGUCAACUUUAGACCGGCGACACUGCACAUAUGCUGCUCCUUGUAUAAAAGUUUUAAGUUUCAGAACGGAUUUCUGAACUUUGUCACUCGUUUGUGAUUGUGAUUCUUUAAUUGUUGCUAUAAUUUAUAUUUUUUAAUGGGUUUGUCUCUUCGCUACUCCUACUAUACAUACGAUUACUAUUAUCGCGCUAAGCCCAGUAAUUACACGCGUAUUAUUAAAUGAAAGAAAUCGUUUCUGUUGUUCGAUUUACGUGCGUAGCCGCAAUAAGAGUUUUACUAGUGAUGUAAUUAAACACAUGCAAUGACAGAGCACACACACGGACACACAUCGACACAGCCACACAUGAUAACACACAUGAUAAACCUAUAUUUAAUGCUAAACAAAACGUAAUUACGACUAUAUUUAAAGGUAAAACAUGCUGCGAAUGCUGCAAGUACGCAAAUAAGGUGAAUUAAAGUAACGUGUAAGAGAAUAUGUAAUGAUAUGUUGGAUAUAUGCGAGACGAGACGAUGAAUGAACAUAAAGAGAAUAAAAACGAAUUGAAAUUGA